AUGGACUUGAAUCAUGAUAGAUCUCAGCAAGGUGAGGAAUUACUUCUCUGCAUCUCGUUGAUCCAGCGACCUCUUCGUUUGAAGACGCUACUUGCACUAGCAGCCCCCGAAGUCAGGCAUCAUAGCCAAAUCGCCCAUGAAGGUUGGAUCCGAGAUAUUCUCACCUCUGGCUUUAUCCAGACACAGACGUUGACGGAGAGCUCUGAUGUACUAGUCGGGCUCGUGUCCCAGUCUAAUAAGAGCUACCUGCUCAACGGUUCGAACGGUGGAACGGAGGCUGAUGCCGUCGAGGGUCAUGUGCACUUUGUGAUUGCCGAGAAAUUAAUCACCCCUCUCGAAGAGUACUGGAUUCAUCUAGGCAGGCCAGAGGGUGAUACCCAGAGCAACAUUGCAAUACACCACGAUCAAGCUGACCUGGUGUAUUACGCGCUUGAAUAUUGGCCCUACCACGCCCGUCACUGCGGAGUCUACGCAAAUGAAAUCUUCAACAUCGAUCGAGUAUUCUUUUCGCCUGACUCCAGGGCGCGAAUGUAUUGGAUGUACAUGGGGUUCGGAGCUAGUCCCCCGGAGCCAGUGACAGGUCUGGAUCUCAGCCAGGCCAACUUCCUCUGGGACCAGAGCCGGCUCUCGGCUAUACACAUUGCCGCUCUGAUUGGGAACAUACCCUGGCUCAAACUACUGGUCGAGCACUUUGGAGCCCGGCUGGAUACUGUGGAUGGGUUUGGAGUUACUCCGUUACAGUAUGCUGCACUGGGUGGCCAUGCGGACGCUGUUCAGUUUCUCAUGCAUAGCGCCAAUAUCACCGCGCAGUAUGGCAGGGCUCUGUGGUUCUCUGUGAUUGUUGGAUCAUCGAGCGUUGCUCAAGUGCUGGUCUCGGCUGGGGUUGAUGUCAAUUUUCAUCAUGAAGUCAAUCGAGACUUAAUAGACCUCGCAUGUACCGGGGAUGAUGAAUGUGAUGAUGAUGAUGAUGCGGUUAUGGAGGGCAAGCCAAAAUCCCUUUCUUUGCUCAUGACAGCCAUUGAAGGUUGCUGUGCAGAUGUGUUGAAGGUCCUUCUAAGCGGAAACGCCAAUUUGAGACCGAAUGGCCGAUCAGCACUUUGCCACGCCGCGGCGUUCGGCGAUGAAGAAACCUUCAAAGUACUAGUCGACCACGGGGCUAGCAUCGAUGACCAGGAUAACGAAGGAGCAUCGGCCCUCUGUAAUGCGCUGAUACGAGGAGACACCGGUAUACUACGCAUUCUCGUGGAAUGGCGCGCCAUACUACAAGGGACAAUUCUAUACCCAUCUCCCAUGUCCGAGUCUGAAGUCUAUGAAGCAUUGCUAAAUGAUCCAAACAUCCAUAUGAAAGAUCAAUACGGUCGAACAGCUCUGCACUCAGCUGUGUUUGCACCAAGUCAGGAAAACGUGAAGCGCUUACUCUGGCUCGGUCUCGACCCGAACGCAAGGGACCGCGAUGGAAACACGCCCCUACACGCUGCAAUGGGGUUCUGUCUCAAUGACCUGGUGCCUAUGAGAAGUCUUCUCUGGGACCAGGCACUUGAUAGAAGGGUUUAUGAGGAAGUCUCUCGGCUCGCGCUUUGGAGUGGCCACAGUACACGGGAGCAAAAGCACCAAGAAGCGGGUAGGCUGUCUUCGUUGCCGGGGAUGGGUGGGACAUUGGACAUUAUACGUUUGUUGGUUAUGUAUGGGGCUUCGAUCGAAGCAACUAAUGAUGCCGGGCAAAGUCCUUGGAGUGUCUUAUAG